AUGGGCAUCGUGAAUCUGGCCAGCAGAUUUCAGCGUAGGGAUGACGGUGUUCGUUUGAAUGUCUGCCCGGGAUACUCUCUGAUCGGCGACGCGUCGCUCACGCAUGGUUUACACCACACGGGAAUCAUGGCAGCUCUCUGUGGUGGAAACAUCACGUCGUUAAAUGGAACCAUUUACUCUCCUGGUCACCCUGAGGAGUAUCCCAACUUCCAGGACUGUGUGUGGAGCGUCCGAGUUCCUCCUGGACACGGGAUCUACAUCAACUUCACUGUCCUGAGCACCGAGCCCAUAUAUGACUACAUCACUGUCUGGGAUGGUCCAGACCAAUCCUCUCCCCAAAUUGGCCAGUUUAGCGGGAACACAGCUCUGGAGUCUGUCUACUCGACUUCCAACAUUAUCCUCAUCAAAUUCCACUCAGACUUCUCUGGAGCCGGCUUCUUUGUCUUGAGUUACCAUGCGUACCAAUUAAGGGUUUGCCAGCCUCCUCCAGAGGUGCCCAACGCUGACAUGCUGAUGGAAGACGGGGAGUUGGAGAUAGGUGACAUCAUCAGGUACAGAUGCCAGCCUGGAUUCUCAUUGGUCGGCAGUGGGAUUCUAACUUGUCGGCUUGGAGAAAGACUACAGAUGGAUGCAGCUCCUCCAACAUGCCAAGUCCAAUGCCCUGCUCAUGAUGUCCGGUACGACUCGUCGGGGGUCAUCCUGAGUCCUGGUUGGCCAGAAAGCUAUCCUAACCUCCAGAUGUGUUCAUGGAGCAUCACAGUAGAAAAAGGAUACAAUGUCACCAUCACCUUUGAAGGUUUCCACACUGAGAAAGAGUUUGACGUGUUGGAGAUCUUUGAUGGUCCAACGGCCAACAGUCCCACUCUGGCGACACUGAGCGGCGACCUUCCUACGCCCUUCAACCUCACGACCUCCGGCCACCAGUUCCUCGUCCGCUGGUCUUCAGACCACGGCACAAACAAGAAAGGCUUCAAAAUUCGCUAUGUUGCGCUGUACUGCUCCACCCCAGACUCUCCGCUCCACGGCUCUAUCUCCUCUCAGAGCGGUGGCCAUAUUAACAGCGUGGUACGCUGGGCUUGUGACCGUGGUUACCAUCUCAUAGGCAACGCCACAGCAACCUGCCGCCGCACGGCACUCGGCUACCACGCAUGGGACUCUCCUGUCCCUGCGUGUCAAGCUGUUUCAUGUGGGGCGCCCAAGGCUCCUCCAAAUGGAGGCGUUUUAACAGCCGACUACUCCGUGGGAACAAGAGUUUCCUAUUUCUGUAACGACGGGUACAGACUCUCCAGUAAAGAGCUGACGUCAGCCAUCUGUCAGCCUGACGGGACGUGGAGCAACCACAACAAGAUACCACGGUGUUCUGUGGUGGUGUGUCCCAGCAUUGGCUCGUUUUCUUUGGAGCACGGCCGCUGGAGGAUAGUCAACGGCUCACACUACGAAUACAGAACUCGCAUCGUGUUCACCUGCGACCCGGGAUACUACAGAUUAGGCCCCGCCCACAUCCAGUGCCUAUCCACUGGCAUGUGGAGCUGGAGAAAUGAGAGGCCGCACUGCCAGAUCAUAUCCUGCGGAGAGCAGCCAUCACUUCCUAAUGGGAAGAAGAUCGGUACUCAGACAAGCUUUGGGGCUACAGCCAUUUACACCUGUGACGCUGGCUUCAUGCUGGUGGGGUCAGCCGUCAGAGAGUGCCUGUCCUCUGGGCUGUGGAGUGGAACAGAAACUAGAUGUCUAGCCGGUCACUGUGGGAUCCCAGAAGGCAUUGUGAACGGUCAGGUGAUCGGGGAGAACUUUGGUUACCGUGAUACGGUCGUGUAUCAGUGCCUGCCUGGAUUUCGACUAAUAGGCUCAUCGGUUCGAAUCUGUCUCCAAGAAAACCAGUGGUCUGGACAACUGCCUGUCUGUAUAUCGAUCAGCUGUGGCCAUCCAGGAAGUCCCAUAUAUGGUCGUACGGUGGGAAACGGCUUCAACCUCGACAACGUGGUCAGCUUUGUGUGUAACCGGGGUUAUGAGAUGGAGGGGCCCGCACACGCUCAGUGUCAGGCCAACCGACAGUGGAGCCACCCGCCCCCAACGUGUAAAGUGGUCAAUUGCUCUGAUCCAGGUAUCCCAGCCAACUCCAUCCGGCAGAGUAAAAUAGAGCACGGGAACUUCACCUUUGGCACUGUGGUCUUCUAUGACUGUAACCCGGGGUAUUACCUGUUUGGAUCAUCUGUUCUGUCCUGUCAGCCUACUGGACAGUGGGACAAACCUCUGCCCGAAUGUAUAGUUGUGGAUUGUGGUCACCCCGGCUCUCCCCCUAACGGUGUGCUGAGUGGAGUUAAGUUUACAUUUGGUUCAACGGUCCGAUACUCGUGUCUUGGCGGGAGACAGCUGAAAGGAGAAUCAUCCAGGACUUGUCAGCUCAACGGAAUGUGGAGUGCCCCCAUGCCCUUCUGCUCUGGCGACACAACGGGUUCCUGCGGCGAUCCCGGCAUUCCCUCCCAGGGUUCCAGGGAACAAACGGAUUUCAAGAUCCGUUCCAAGGUUUAUUUCAGCUGCACAGAGGGCUACGAUCUGAUUGGUUCUUCAGAACGGAUGUGCUUCCCUAAUGGGACGUGGUCUGGCACACAGCCCUUCUGUAAACCUGUCCAGUGUGGUAACCCUGGCACUCCCAGUAAUGGCCGGGUCUUUCGUUUGGAUGGAACAACGUUUUCUCACUCGGUCAUCUACUCCUGCGUGGAGGGCUACCUGCUCAGCGGCACCACCACCAGGCUGUGUCAGGCCAACGGGACCUGGUCAGGAGCGCAGCCCAACUGCACCAUGAUAAACUGCGGGGAUCCUGGUGUGCCUGCCAGUGGUCUUCGCUAUGGAGAGGACUUUACGAUUGGUCAGAAUAUUUCCUUCCAGUGCCAACCAGGAUACAGGAUGGAGGAGGACGGGUCCCCUUUGAGGACAUGCACCAACAAUGGGACCUGGAGUGGGAUUAUGCCUAUGUGUGCAGCUGUGACCUGCCCGGCCCCCCCUACCAUCAGUAACGGGGUACUGCAGGGCACUGACUUUGAGUGGGGGAGCAGUGUGAGCUACAGCUGCUCUCCAGGAUACGAGCUCUCGUUCCCAGCCGUCCUGACCUGCGUGGCCAAUGGCACCUGGAGCGGCAUGCUACCACAGUGCUUACCUAAGUUUUGUGGGGACCCAGGUACCGCAGUCGGAGGCUUCAAAGAGGGACGAAGUUUCAUCUAUCAAUCAGAAGUCUUGUUCAGUUGUUCUCCACCUCUCCUUCUGGUGGGAACGGCAACCAGACAAUGUGAAAGUGACGGUUCCUGGAGCGGCACGCAGCCUCGCUGUAUCGAACCGACCAAAACCAGCUGUGAUAACCCGGGGACGCCACGCUACGGAUCCUUAAACCGGACCUUCGGUUUCAAGGUGGGGAACGUGGUGUCGUUCCAGUGCCAGCCGGGUCAUUUGAUUCAGGGCUCUUCCUCUAGAACCUGCCAGCCUGAUCUGAUGUGGACCGGUUUUCAACCUGAGUGCAUACCCCAUGCCUGCAAACAGCCGGAGAGCCCGCUCCAUGUGGACGUGGUGGGGAUGGACCUGUCUGGUUUUGGCUACACCUUGGUGUACAGCUGUCAGCAUGGCUACUUCCUGGCAGGAGGUUCUGAGCACAGAGUCUGCAAGAACGACGGCACCUGGACGGGAAAGAUGCCUAUAUGUCGAGCUGGGGAGAAGAAGAAGCCUGUAAAACCAGCAACAGGAACUCCAAGCCCCAAACUAAACGUUCCAGAUGACGUCUUUGCUCCUAACUACAUAUGGAAAGGCUCCUAUAAUUACCGUGGGCGGAAGCAGCCGAUGACUCUGAGCAUCACCAGCUUCAACUCCACCACAGGGAGAGUCAACGUCUCCCUUAGCAACGGAAACAUGGAACUGCUCCUAUCAGGCAUGUCUGCAAGUGGAUAA